AUGAGGCUGCGCCAUCCCAAUACAAAUACAUACCCAUAUACUUUGUUUUCAAGCUUCUGGUACCCGGCGCACCUGAUGGCGCCGACGUUGGCCAUGCGCGACUCGUUCGUCGCCCGCCCGACCGACGUCCUACUCGCCACCAUGCCCAAGUCCGGCACGACGUGGCUCAAGGCCCUCGUCUUCUCCGUCGCCCACCGCGGCCGCCACGCACCCGACGACGCGCGCCACCCGCUCCUCGGCACCAGCCCGCACGACCUCGUCCCGUUCCUCCACUCCCUCUACCAGAACUAUCGUGGUGCGGACCCGCCCGGCCUCGAGGCGAUGCCGUCGCCCCGCAUCCUGGCGGUGCACGCGCCGUACUCGGUCCUGCGGCCGUCGGUGGCAAGUUGCCGCGUCGUCUACCUCUGCCGGGACCCCAAGGACGCGCUCGUCUCCUUCUGGCACUUCAUCCCCAAGGCCGUUCCCCCUGGCUACAGCUUGCCGCCGUUCCACGAGGCCUUCGAGCUGUACUGUGACAUAUGUUACUAG